AUGUCUUUAAUUAUUUUUAUAAUUAUUAUAAUCGGCAACGUGAGCAUGAUUUUUGUCAUUAGAAGUGACUCAAAACUGCACACGCCAAUGUACUUUUUCCUCAGUCAUCUCUCCUUCGUAGAUCUCUGUUAUACCACCAAUAUCACUCCACAGAUGCUUGUUAAUUUCUUAUCCAAGAGGAAAACUAUUUCUUUCAUAGGUUGUUUCAUCCAAUUCCAUCUUUUUAUUGCCCUGGUGGUGACAGAAUAUUAUGUACUGACAGCAAUGGCUUAUGACCGCUACAUGGCCAUCUGUAAACCCUUGUUAUAUGGCAGCAAAAUGUCCAAAAAUGUCUGCCUCUCUCUUGUCAUUGUUCCCUAUAUCUAUGGCUUUGCAAAUGGGCUAGGACAGACCAUACUGAUGCUACGCCUGACCUUCUGUGGGCCCAAUGAGGUCAACCACUUCUACUGUGCGGACCCACCUCUCUUAGUCCUGGCCUGCUCAGAUACCUACGUCAAAGAAACUGCCAUGUUUGUAGGAGCUGGAUCCAACCUCACCUGCUCUCUCACCAUCAUCCUCAUCUCCUAUAUUUUCAUCUUCGCCGCCAUCCUGCGCAUCCGCUCCGCUGAGGGGAGGCGCAAAGCCUUUUCUACCUGCGGGUCCCAUCUCACGGCUGUUAUCAUCUUUUAUGGGUCUCUCUUCUGCAUGUAUCUGAGGCCAUCGUCAGAGACAUCUGUACAGCAGGGGAAAAUCAUAGCUGUUUUUUACAUUUUUUUGAGUCCUAUGCUAAACCCUUUGAUUUAUAGUCUGAGGAACAAAGACGUUAAAACAGCAGUAAGAAAAAUUGUCCAACAAAAAUGUUUCUUAAAUAAGGGAGAUGUGUGA